UACGAAUAGACAUUGAUGAGUACUUUUCGUGUUAGGAUGUUUAUUCGAAAUCUGUCACAUUGUGCUUUGCGUUCAAUAAUUCGUAUUCAUUAAUAUUAACACUGUGUUGGAAAAACGUUAUUUGAGGGAGUGCUUAGUGAUAUCAAACAAAUAGACAGCAAUUUCAUCAUGUAUUCGAAAAAAAACUUAUUUAAUGAGGAAACAUCUUGCGGAGAGACAAUGAUACUAUUCAACACUUACUUCGUCGAGUACAUCUUUUACGCGUAUGCCACAUGGUCUUCAAUAGGAGUCACGCUCAAUAUGUUCAACAUCAUCGUAUUCACGAGAAAAUCUAUGAUUUCGCCAAAUAAUUUGAUUUACGCUCAUUUAGCUUUCGUGGAUUUAGCGUCCAUAAUUGCUUACGUGCCACGCGCGUGGCAAGAACUCGUACGACAGCGCAUGUACUGUUUCAAGGAGCAUAGGGUGUACGAAUGGGAAAUCGCAUCGUUUUGUUCUUUGUUUACCGUAGCAAUACUCCACCAAAUAUCUACCUGGAUAACAAUCUUGCUGGCAAUUUGGCGAUACAUUGCCAUUGCACAUCCCUUGAAGGAACGCGAAUGGUGCAAUAUGAAAAACACCAAGAUUUUUAUUAUUGCAGCAUAUGCAGUCGGUUUUUUAGCCGCUUUACCACAUGUGUUUGAGGUUCAUGUUGCUGCAAUAGAUACUUUGCUCGAUAGCGAUGGAUAUCCAACCUCCAAUCGUACCAUCGGUGUUCUUACCAAGGUUUAUAAGAUUCACCUGUGGGAAAUCAGUAAAACGAGUGGUUUUCUAGCAGCAAUAUUCUAUGGUAUCGUCUCGAGAAUAGCAGCCGUGAUUGUCCUGUCUGUUUACACAUAUAAGUUGAUCGCGGCUCUAAAGUGUCGUCAAAGGUUAACUUCCAGCAUGUACGGAAGCAAUGCAACAAUCACUAGUAAAAAACCAUCUACAGAUCGAACAACGAAAAUAUUAUUAAUUAUAGUAGCUUUAUGUUAUACGUGCGAAAUACCUCACGCAAUAUGUUUCCUAGUGUCAGCAAUCUAUGGUAUCAAGUUUAUUGACGGAUGUUAUGUAUAUUUAUUUGGAAUAUUCACUCUUUUGGUGGGGAUCUGCAUAUCCCUUAACUUCGUAGUUUAUUACGCGAUGAGUCGGCAAUUUCGAAACACUUUUCACGCAUUGUUUAGCUGUGAAUCAUCUUCUGCUCGGGAAAAACCAGUCUUGACUCGAAUACAGAGAAUUACGACUAUUACCUCUACUCAUUUGUGAUGCAGUGAAGGAUUAAAGAAUUUUACCUUAGUGCUGGACAGGAUUCGCAAUAAUUGUCGAAUUAUCAUUUCUACCAAUAAAUUUGUUUAUCGUGUUGUA